AUGGAUGUGAAUCCAUUAGUAAGUGGCAUAGAUAAAGAUAAAAGUAACCUAGAAGCUACUAUUUCUAAACUUCAAACAAGCCUUUCGCAAUUAAGGGAUGCCGAAUCUGAUUCAGUUUUGAAAUCGAAACGUAACCAAGGGCUGUUGGAGCAAAUGAUUUUCGAAAAGAGUCAAUCUGAUGCUGAAGUUCGACGACUAAAAGAUGAGUUAGAAAAACAGUAUGAAAGAGUUCGUGAAGCAAAUCAUGAAACAGCACGCCGAGUUGCCGAAGAAAGAGCUGCUGCUGAUAAGCGAUAUUGUGCUCAGGUCGAUCAACUAGGUGGUGAUUUGAGUAAUCAAUGGGAAACAGCUAAUAAACUUCAAUUGGAGUUAGAAAGACAGCGCCGGAUAGAGUCCGAUUAUAAACGUGAAAUAACAUCCAGAAAUCAUCAGAUUGAUGAUUUGAAAACUGAACUUCGAAAUAAAACAGCUUCUCUGCAAUCUGAUCUUGCCCAGUGCAAUGCUGAGAAACAAUCUUUGGAAGAAGAAAUUGCUUCGUUGAGAUUAUCUCUGGAGAGAGCUGACCGAAAUUCCAAAUCAGAAAUGUCGCGUCUUAACUCUGAGAUUACAUCAUUGCGCCAAAGAUUGGACAGAUCGGAUGCUGAUUUGCUUCAGGCGAGAAGGGAAAACCUGAGAUUGUCAGAACAGUUGGCAAAUUUGCAAAAAGAGGUAACUCUUGGCUCUCUAACUGCAAGUGAUGAAAAUCCAAAAAAGGAUUUAUCACUCAUGAUCCACGACAUGGAGAAUAAGCACAUGUCGACCGUACAAGAAUUAGAGAGUUUGGUUCAGAACCAAUCUAAGGUCAUGGAUAAAACUAACCGACGAAUGCAAAACACUUACGCGAAAAUUGGAAGAGUCCUCGAAUAG